CAACCUCCUCCUCUUCAACAAAUAAAACACACCUACUAAUAACAACACUUUGCUUAAGAGUUCUCCCAUUGUCUACAAUGGCAAGCAUAGAGGAGCUCGCUCGCUUUGCUAUCGCUGAACAAAACAAGAAAGCGAAUUCAAACUUGGUGUUUGAUAAGGUGAUAUACGAUAUCACGGUGGUGGCGGCCGACGGCGGCCAGAAGAAGGUGUACGAAGCAAAGGUGGCGGUGAAUGAAUCUCAGAACAUAAAGGAGCUUAAAGAAUUCAAGCUUGUUGGCAAUGAAGCCUCCAAGCCUGCAGCUGGUGGCAUCUCUAGUGUCAGUCUCUAAAUUAAUUACCAAAUGGUUUCUAGUCGAGUCUCAAUCAGAUCCCAUUCGGGACAACUUUUCUAAGAACGGUUCCGUAAUAGUUUAAUUAUAUAUAUGCAUGGAUUGCCUAAGUACUGUAUGCAUGCUUGUACGUGGAGAAUAAAGUAUGUGAUUGCCUUCAAAGUUCAUCUGAAUUUGUUGGCAUUUAAUUUGUAAGGGGUGUGAAUAAAACCUAGUCUUGUCCUAUGUUUAAUGACAAGGAAAAUUUGCAGUUACUUUUAAA